UACACAGUAUGGCCGGCGAUAUUAGCUAGCACUCGCUAACGGUAUUCUCUGCAAAAGGGAAGACGGUAACUCAAGAAAAUAAACACCUGGAUUGCUUAAAGGACUGUACCUCAAUAAAUUAUAUCUGAUCGAGGAAGGAUUAAUUAAGCUGAAAACGUUACCAUCGACGUUUGGUAUUUUUUGUUGGGUGUCUGUUGUCUCACGAUGGAAGAUAACGGUGCACAUUUCUUCGAGGGGACUGAGAAGCUGUUGGAGGUGUGGUUCUCUCGCCAGGAUGAGACCAAAGGUACCGGGGACCUCCGAACCAUCCCAAGGUUUGAGUGGGACAAACUCUUGGAGAAUGUGCAUUGUUUGAUCAUAAGUGUGACAAAGACCGACAAGCAGGAAGCUUAUAUACUCAGUGAGAGUAGCAUGUUUGUCUCCAAGAGACGUUUCAUUUUGAAGACAUGUGGAACCACCCUCUUACUGCAAGCACUGGUGCCUCUGCUGGAACUCGCCAGGGAGUACUGCGGCUUCGACGCCAUUGAGAAUUUCUUUUACUCCCGUAAGAAUUUUAUGAAACCAACCCAUCAGGAGUUCCCUCAUCGAAACUUCCAAGAGGAAGUGGACUUUCUCAGCCAGAUUUUCCCAAAUGGUGCAGCUUACUGUAUGGGACGUUUGAACUCUGACUGCUGGUACCUGUUUACCCUGGACUUACCAGAGUACUGGGAGAACAAGCAUGCGGAUCAGACGCUGGAAGUUCUGAUGAGUGACCUCGAUCCAGCCAUUAUGGACCAGUUCUACAUGAAAGAUGGUGUUUCUGCAAGUGAUGUCACUCGUAUGAGUGGAAUUCGUGACCUGAUACCAGGUUCUGUGAUCGACGCCACGAUGUUCAACCCCUGUGGCUAUUCAAUGAAUGGAAUGAAGACCGACGGAACGUACUGGACCAUCCACAUCACCCCAGAACCAGAGUUCUCCUACGUCAGCUUCGAAACUAACCUUUCCCAGACCUCAUACGACGAGCUGGUCCGGAAAGUGGUGGAUGUGUUCAAGCCAGGAAAAUUUGUGACAACGCUGUUCGUCAAUCAGAGCUCCAAAUGUCGCAGUGUCUUUUCUUCUGCCCAGAAACUCGAGGGCUACAAGCGUCUCGACCGCCAACUGGCUCAAUUCAACGAUUACAAUUUUGUCUUCACUAGUUACGCCAAGAACUGCCAGCAGAACCAGAAGAGCUGAGGGUUGAGGAUGAAGAAGAGGCGUAAAAAGAAAGCGUGCUGCUCGGGGCUCCCCCCCGGCCGCCGGCUUUCCUUCCCCAUAGUAGAGAGCUUGUCGUCCUCUCCCCUGUCUUCCUCCUCCUCUUCCUCUUCGGCCCACGUCCUCCCUUCCCUCUGCUGUCUCGGUGCUGAUGAGGUCGCGAGCCCUAGUUUAACCUCCAGUUUGAGUUGUUUGCAUUGUCGUACCUGUGACUUAGAUCUCUUGCAUGAAAGCUCUUUUCUCUGUUUCGAUAUUCUAGCUCACUCUUGCUGUGAUCUUGAAGUGCAUGUAGAAGAAUUAAACACGCUCUGUUCAAGGCUGUCCACCUGUGCCCAGUACAACGGUCCUUUCCUGCAGGUCUCCCCCCUCAUCCCCCACAGACAAGGCUUCCGCCCGCACUAGGCCUGGGCCCUGACAUGCUCAGAUCAGUCCGCCUCUGUAUGACAAAUCAGGUUAUUACCCCCUCCCUUCCC